UACGAGAGCAGUGGCGUGUUCCAUCCUGCCAACUCAACGGCCAAGAACUACACGCUCUUCUGCCUGCUGCAGCGCCCCAGCAACACGAAGGUCGACGCGGCGGAAUUCCUUCAAGGAGCCCAAGUCGCGGUCGAGCGCGUCUUCAAUGGGAUGUUCUCGUCGGAGUUGAUGGGUCCCCUCUCUGGGAAGAAGAGUGUCAAGCCGGCAAUAGCCGACGAGAUGGAGGCCAUGUUCACGCCGGGGGCCUACCAGACAUGGCUCUUACCGAAGCUGUGGACCAACAAAGGCACUCGCAUUCGAGGAUCCAAGAUAAAGACAUUCACGGGGGUCCAUUUGACUGGAGUGAGCAUGAAGCGGAUUACGCUGGCGUCCUACAAGAUCUCUGACCUACAACAGAGAGCGCUAGGGAUGGAUUUGGCGAAGUUGCAAAAGCAACGCAUUGAAAAGGCGAUGGAGAUGACCCCCGAGGAAGCUACGACGAUGGUUGAACGUCUACGACUGAGCGUUACGUUCAACGUUGCUCUCUCAGUGAAGUGCGUUGAGGAUGACGGCGAGGAGACUGUGGACGAAGGUGAGAGCACGUUUGUCCUGUGCUUUGAGUCGCUUGCGACGCGCCCCGACGACGUGGACUGGCGAAUCCAGAAGAUGGAGAUGAUACACCCAGAGUAG